AUGGCAGAUGAGUAUGAGGAGGUUCAGAAUGGCGAUGAAGGCGAGGAGACUGGAAUGACCGGCCCAGGCGCGCCGACGCCUCUGUCAGCUCUUGAGGGCGUCGCAGGACUCACCAAGCGCGAUCUCCAGCUGCUUAUGGACGGCGGAUUUCAAACUGUUGAGUCUAUCGCCUAUACGCCGAGACGAACGUUGGAGCAGGUCAAAGGUGUCUCUGAGCAGAAAGCCACCAAGAUCCUAGCCGAAGCCUCCAAAUUGGUGCCCAUGGGCUUCACCACUGCGACUGAGAUGCAUCAACGCAGAAGCGAGUUGAUCUCAGUCACCACUGGAUCGAAAAAUCUGGAUACCCUUCUUGCUGGCGGUGUAGAGACGGGCUCAAUUACCGAGCUCUUUGGUGAAUUCCGUACAGGAAAGAGUCAGAUCUGCCAUACGCUUGCAGUAACUUGUCAACUGCCCUUUGACAUGGGUGGCGGAGAAGGCAAGUGCCUCUACAUCGAUACCGAGGGCACCUUUCGACCAGUCCGUCUCCUUGCCGUCGCAAAUAGGUAUGGACUGUCAGGCGAAGAAGUUCUCGAUAACGUGGCAUAUGCACGCGCCUACAACUCGGAUCACCAGCUGCAACUCCUGAACCAAGCUUCGGCUAUGAUGUGCGAGACGAGAUUCUCACUUCUCAUCGUGGACAGCGCAACGGCACUGUACCGAACUGACUUCCUCGGUCGAGGCGAGCUGUCUUCAAGACAGACUCACCUGGCCAAGUUCAUGCGCACCCUGCAGCGACUCGCCGAUGAGUUUGGAAUAGCUGUCGUCAUUACCAACCAAGUUGUCGCCCAGGUUGACGGUGGACCGAGCGCUAUGUUCAACCCUGAUCCCAAAAAGCCUAUUGGUGGCAAUAUUAUCGCACACGCCAGCACGACUCGUAUCAGUCUGAAGAAGGGCCGAGGGGAGACUCGUAUUGCGAAGAUCUAUGAUAGCCCUUGUUUACCUGAGAGCGACUGUCUGUUCGCCAUCAACGAGGACGGUAUUGGCGAUCCGUCGCCAAAGGACAUGGAAAAGAUGAGUAAUUAA